AUGCCGAAAAGAAGUAUACAAACCACUGUAUUAGAUGAAAAUUUUGAAAAUAUUUCAACUUCUCAUCGUGAUACUAUGCGUAAAUCUUAUUUAUCAUCGGACUAUGAAGACACAAUUCCUGUUCCAAUACAAAUAUUUUUAUGGCGACAAAGCAGUCCGUUUCUGAAACAAAAAUUUGGUAAUUUAACUGAAGCAUCUGCUAUUAUUUUCGAUCGAGUACUUGUUCAAAAUAUCUUACAUGGCUUAUCACCAUGUCUUACUGAUGCUAUAUCAAGUAUUCCAAGAUGGUUAUUAAUGAAAGCAGCAUUUCCACAUGUAAUACAUGCAUGUUCAUCAGUAAUUGAACAUAAUCUUGGUUCAGUUCAGAUGCAGCAACAACCUUAUCCUCCAAUUCAUUCAUCAUUGGUUGUUGCUCCAUCCCAAUCUCAUUCAUCAACAUUUUCAACACAACUUCAAAUUCCAUCUAAUCAUCCAUUAUCAAUAUCUCUUAAUCCAACAAUGAAUUCAACUGAAUAUCAACGAAAUCAAUCAUAUUUAACUCAUCGUUCAUCAACAAUAACUAAUCAUUUAUUAGAUUCAACAGAAAUUCGUCUUUUUCAUACAUUACAUUAUCUUAUAUUACAUUCUAAUGAAACGAAUGAUCAACCUUUGUCAUUAAAUACAAUACAAUUAUUUAUUUAUUUAUUUAUUCCAUAUAUUCAUACAUAUUUACGUAAUAAUGAAAAAGAAUUUUUAUCAAAUUCUGAUCUUUCUCAAGGUAUGCGUCUUAUUUGGCAACCAUUAUUUGAAUAUCAUCGACCAAAUGUACGUAUAUUUAACGCGUUUGUUAAACCUAUUGUAUUAACAAAUAAUCAUCAAGAAUCAAGAGUUUCUAUUGAUAAUAAUAAUCAACAUCAUUGUUUACCAGUUUUAAUUCAAUCACCAAUACAAAGAUCAUCAUCUGAAAAACAAUAUUUAUCUGGUUUAAGAAAACAAUUAUCUUUAAAUGUACCAAUUAAUUCUAAUGAAACAACUAAUACAAAUUGUUUUCAAUUGGAAAUCAAGACUGAAGAAAAACAAAAAUCACAUACAUCUAUACUUACAGAUUCUAAUGCAACAACAACAUAUAAUUCCAUAGCUGAUCUUUCAGUUUAUGAAGUAACAGACAAUGAUAGACAAAAACAAGCACCACUUGUAAAUAUGAAUUCAAUUUGUUCAGCGUCGAAUUUAAGUCGAGUAACAUUAUCACUACAAAGUCCAGGUUGA